ACAAGCAGUCGAUGGCCAACGGUGCCAGUGUUAAUAGAUCCAUCCCAUUACCAACCCGGAAAACCGAAACCCAAAAAACAUGUAUCUAGAGCUCUUUGCGAUUCUCCUGGCGACCGCUUUGGCGUGGGAUUAUAUGCGAAAGAGGCGGCACAACAAGAUGUACGCCGAGGCUGGGAUACGAGGACCCAAGAGCUAUCCUCUGGUUGGAAACGCUCCCUUGUUGAUUAACGAGUCACCCAAGAGUAAGUCAUCUAUCUUUGAUAUGCAGUUCCGACUGAUUGCUGAGUUUGGUAAAAACAUAAAAACGCAGAUGUUGGGCGAAAGUGGCUUCAUGACCGCUGAUUCCAAAAUGAUCGAGGCGAUCAUGAGCAGCCAACAGACCAUUCAAAAAAACAAUCUUUAUAGUCUGCUGGUAAAUUGGCUCGGCGAUGGACUGCUCAUUAGCCAAGGAAAGAAGUGGUUCCGCCGCAGGAAGAUCAUUACACCCGCAUUCCACUUUAAGAUCCUCGAGGACUUUGUGGAGGUCUUUGACCAACAGAGCGCAACUAUGGUCCAGAAGCUUUACGAUCGGGCAGACGGCAAGACGGUGAUAAACAUGUUCCCGGUGGCUUGCUUGUGUGCCAUGGAUAUCAUUGCGGAAACGGCCAUGGGUGUAAAAAUUAAUGCUCAGCUCCAGCCGCAAUUUACCUACGUUCAGUCGGUCACAACUGCCUCUGCAAUGUUAGCCGAACGCUUCAUGAAUCCCUUGCAGCGCUUGGAUUUCACCAUGAAGCUCUUCUAUCCCAAAUUGCUAGACAAGCUGAAUGAUGCCGUGAAGAACAUGCACGACUUUACCAACUCGGUAAUCACUGAGCGACGCGAGCUCCUACAAAAAGCCAUUGCCGAUGGAGGAGAUGCCGACGCUGCCCUCUUGAACGAUGUGGGCCAGAAGCGUCGUAUGGCUCUUCUUGAUGUGCUGCUGAAGUCCACCAUCGAUGGGGCUCCGUUGAGCAACGACGACAUCCGCGAGGAGGUAGACACCUUCAUGUUCGAGGGUCAUGACACUACGACCAGUAGCAUUGCUUUUACCUGUUAUUUGCUGGCUCGACAUCCUGAGGUUCAGGCUCGCGUCUUCCAGGAGGUCAGAGAUGUUAUCGGUGAUGACAAGUCGGCUCCAGUUACUAUGAAGCUACUCGGCGAGCUCAAGUACUUAGAGUGCGUGAUAAAGGAGUCUCUGCGCCUGUUUCCCUCGGUGCCGAUCAUUGGACGCUACAUUUCCCAGGACACCGUACUCGACGGCAAAUUGAUACCCGCCGACUCGAAUGUGAUCAUUCUUAUUUACCAUGCUCAGCGCGAUCCAGACUACUUCCCUGAUCCGGAGAAGUUCAUCCCUGAUCGUUUCAGCAUGGAGCGCAAGGGCGAGAUCAGUCCAUUCGCCUAUACUCCCUUCUCAGCGGGUCCGAGAAACUGCAUCGGCCAAAAGUUCGCAAUGCUCGAGAUGAAGAGCACCAUCAGCAAAAUGGUGAGACACUUUGAGUUGCUGCCUCUGGGCGAAGAAGUCCAGCCCGUACUGAACGUUAUCCUGCGCUCGACCACCGGAAUCAAUUGUGGCCUCAAGCCGCGCGUCUAUUAGGUGUUCCUGGAUUGUGAUUUUUUUUUUUUAACUAGUUGUAAGUGAUGGGCUCUGUAAAUAUUUGAAUAAAAUACUUGUACAU